AGUUCCUCUGUUUUAGCAGUCCUCUGUCUCGUUCUCAUCUCUCACAUGAACCAUAACUUUCUCUAACAUCACUCUCCUUUACACAACCCCAAAAAUAGACCCUUCCUUCUCUCUCUCCGCUUCAUUCUUCGCUCACACACACCCCCCAAAACUCUCUUCCCUCUUUACAUUUAUUUUACACCUUUAACCUCCUCUGUUCUUGCCCCUAAUGGAACGGCUAGCUUCGGAGCUCUUCCUCGUCGCCGGUAACCCUGACUCUUUCGUCGUCGACGACCUCCUUGACUUUUCUAACGACGACGGCCAAACUGAUGACGGUUUUGACACCCUUCUUCCUGAUUCUUCUUCCGUCUCCACCGUCACUCUCGCCGACAGCUCCAACUCCUCCUCCUCCGUUUUCACCGACAGCACUGGCUUUUCCCACGACCUCUAUAUUCCGAGUGAAGAUUUAGCUGAGCUAGAAUGGUUAUCAAAUAUUGUGGAAGAAACAUUCUCAGAAGAAGACCAAGACAAGCUUCACUUACUGUCCGGUUUAAAAAACCCUCAAACCAUCGGGUCGACCCAGACCCACCUAAUCAAACCCGAACCAGAACCCGAUUUCGAUCAGUUCNUUAAACUUAUAACACAAUUUUGCACAAAGCUGUUGGUCUGA